CAAGUUUUAGAAUUAUUAAGCGACAACUGAUUUGAAGUUACUUCAAAAGCAAUAAAUCUUAUAUACCGGCAGAUUUUGCGAGUAAUUAGUGAUAAUUUAAUUACAAUAGUUUAAACAUUAGGAAUAUUAUUUUAAAAUAUUACAAAUAUGUUGAUCAAAGUGAAGACUCUCACAGGAAAAGAGAUUGAAAUAGACAUAGAACCUACUGAUAAAGUAGAAAGAAUCAAAGAAAGAGUGGAAGAAAAAGAGGGAAUACCGCCACAACAGCAGCGGUUAAUAUUUUCUGGCAAACAGAUGAACGACGAAAAAACAGCACAGGAUUAUAAAGUACAAGGUGGAUCAGUGCUGCAUUUGGUACUUGCAUUAAGAGGGGGUUUAUAAUUACUAUACUUUGUUCUUCAUAUGACUUUGUGAUUAAUUAAAAAGCAAAUGCACGAGGCUACUUGUAAGGAAAACAAUACAUCAACCUAUUAAAAGUUGCACUUACUCUAAUUAAAAAGUUCUUCGAGUAGAGCCUGCAACUUAAAAGUUAUUCAAAGAUUACAUUCACAAUAUAUGAAUAUUUAACAAUAUAUCUUAGCUAUAAAUGAGUUUGUAAUGUGACCAUUAAAAAUAUUUCUUAGCUUCUAAA